AAGGAAAGGAUUUUGAAUAUGCCAGUGAAAUGGUAGCUUCAGCUGCGAGGAGUUCAUGCGCACUUGGUUCGUAAGCGCCGAUCUCAUUUUAUCCCGUAUUUGUAUACAAAUACAGAGAUCGAGGGCGAUCCUUCCAGAUAGCAAGGGGAGAGGCAUGCAGAGCCUGGCAUUAGCCGCGCACGAAAGCGGAUGAUUAUAGAAGAUACGUGAUAAGUGAAUGCUUUGACAGACUGUGUAUCUGUGAGCUGUGAUAGCUGCGUUGAGUAGCGAUAUUCAAGAUGGAUGAUGAACAGGUGUGUCCAAGAUGCAAGACCAGCAAGUACAGAAACCCAUCUAUGAAACUUAUGGUGAAUGUGUGUGGCCAUCCACUUUGUGAGAACUGUGUCAAUCUCCUUUUUGCCAAAGGCUCGGGCACGUGCCCGCAGUGCGAUGUGCCGCUGCGCCGCAACGGUUUCCGCGUGCAGCUGUUCGAGGACGCGACGGUGGAGAAGGACAUCGACAUCCGGCGGCGGAUACUGCGCGAGUUCAACAAGCAGGAGGAGGAGUUCGCCUCACUGCGCCAGUACAAUGACUACCUGGAAGAUGUGGAGACCAUCAUCUACAACCUGGCUAACGGCGUCGAUGUACUGGCCACCAACAAGAAGAUCGAGGCGUACAAGCGCGACAACCGCGAGUCAAUCGUGCGCAACCGCGCGCGCGGCCGCAACGAGGAGGACGAGCUGGACGAGAUCCUGCAGCUGGAGAACGAGCUGAACGAGGAGCGCCAGCGCGAUGAGCACGAGCGGCUGCUGGCCGAGCGGCGCCAGAAGGUCGAGAAAAAAGAGGCGCUCAUCGACGAGCUGAUGACCUCGUACGGGGACGCCAAAAGGAUCGUAGCCGACCACACGCGCGCGGCCGAGCCGGCGGCGGAGGCGGCGGCGCCGCGGCCGCGCGCCAAGCCCACUCAGUUCUCGAGCGGCGUGCGGAUCGGCGGCGCGCGCGUGGGCGUGCUGGCGCCAGCAGUGCCGGUGGACGAGGGUGAGCCGUUCGUCUACGAGCGGCCGACGCUGCCCAUGGACGGGCCGGCGCCGCCCGAGCCCGAGCGGCUGGCCGAGGCCGGCUACCUGACGCACGUGCGGCUCGCCGGCGAGGCGGAGCGGGCCGGCGGCUACGCCGCCUCGCUCGGCUGCCUGCGCGCCGUGCAGGAGGCGAUGGCUGGUCUUCUGUUCUUCCCCGGCGGCGACGGCUGAGAUGGCCGCCGGUCUCGGCGGCGGCGCCAGGCCCAACCCCGGUUGAUGGACCUGCUUGUGCGACCCCCGGCCCGUCCGGCCGGCGACGGCCGCCUGAUACGGGGCGGAUCUAGCGCCCGGCACGGCGUCGGACGGGCGGCAGCCGUACUCGAGGCGGUGGCGAGGCCAGGUGUGCGCGCCGCGAUCGCCCUGCUCCACGACCGGCCCGUCCAGAGCCGGGACUGCGCCACGCGUGGCGCGCCGCCUGCGUGCGGCAUACGUACCUGACCAGCGGCAACCAAGGCUCUUGGUUAUUGUUUUCGGUGAAUAA